AUUGGUGAUCAUUAAGGCCAAUGGCCUAGGUUUGGCUUUCCCAUUGCACUUUGGCUUGGCCGACCUACCAUCUUCCCAAAGUGGAGGAAUGGACGUCAUAAUUUGUGGAAGUUGAGGGCUCGCGUACGCGCGGCCCUCUCCAAAUAUAGAAACCCUAAGUUGGAUCUCUAAAUAUAGAGAAGGUUUAGUAUUGACUUUAAUUAAGCGAUAAAACCUAAGCCCUAAUGAAAAAGUUAAAAAAUUAGGGUUCUUGCAUUUGACUUUAACUUGAGCAGUAAAAUGAUUCUAUUCGAGAAAAUAGGGUUCUCUCUCUCCAGGGACAAGGAAAGGGUUUUUGAGCUCCAAGGCCGCAUUUUGAUGGAGCGGUCAUGGAAGGUAUGAUCAUGGAACAGCAGCCGCAGCAGCAGGAGGAGAAUGGAUUGGAUUCUUCUUUCUCGGCUCCUAGGAAUUCCAAGAGGCAGCGAAGGCCGAGUGUGCGCUUGGGCGAGAUUGGCGACGUUCCCCUAGCGCUGUUUCUCGAGAAUCGGCCUUCUUUCAAGAGGAGGAAGAAGCGCGCGGCGGCGGCGGCCCAGGUUUGUCCCUCUUUGCUGCCGGAUGUGGUGGAAGAGGAGGUGGAGGAUGAUCCAACCGCGGUGGACAUGACGGGUUUCCAUCUCCAGGAGGCGCUGGAGUCGCCGCCAUCGAAAACCAAGGCUUUGGAGCUCGUCCACGAUGCUGAGGAGAGGAAGAGCGGUGAGAAUGGGAACGAGGCGGAGAUGAUCGAGCAGGCGGCCGAGGUGGAGGAGCACGAUCAAGCCGCCGAGAAUGGCGAGGACGAGGAAGAGAAAGGUGGCGGCGGCGAGGAGAGGAAGAGAGGCGAGGAGAAGAAGAAGAAGAAGAAGAGGCGGCGGCUAGGGAAUGGUGGUAGCGGUGGGAAGAAAGGGAGGAAGAAAUCCUCCUCUUCUUCGUCUUUCACUGUCAAGAACUGGGGAGCCAGGAAAGUUGUGGCGGCUGGUGAGGAGGAUGGCUCGAAGAGCUCGUCGCUGGCUAAAGAGAACGAGGAGAUGGCCGCCGAGGUGGAGGCUCGAGAGAGCAAGGAAGGAGAGAUGGAGGAAGCGAGGGAGGAAGCAGUAGAAGAAGAGGAAGAGCUUCCGCAGGACGAAGAAGAGCUCGAGGUGGAAGAGAAGAAUGCCUCUCAAGGUCUGUUUGAUCAGGCAAACGAAAGCGAUGCUUUGGUAGAAGCCAUCGAUCCGGAGGAGCGAUUGCUGGAAGAAGGUGAUGGUGGCGAUGGUGAGAACUUCCCAGCCAGCGGAGUGCGGGAAGAGAACCAAUCUCGCCAAGUAAACCGAGAAGAAGAACGCGAAGAAGAAGUUCCAGAGACUAGGACGCAGCAAACCACGAGUAAAAGUGGCGAGCUCAACCAGGAAGAGAGCUUCGUUUUGCCGGAGCUCGUAAGGAAGUGGCUCGAGGAACGAAGGCUGGCCAAGUAUAUGGACGUGUUUGAGCUCCAUGAAGUGGACGAGGAGGCUCUUCCACUGCUCACCAUGGAGGACUUGCGAGAGAUGGGAAUCCACGCCGUGGGCUCUCGCCGGAGGAUGUUCCACGCAAUCUUGAGUCUCUCAUCUCGCAGCUCGGAUUGAAAAAAAAAAAACGAAAAAGAGGAAGGACGAAAAAAAGGCUCGAAAGCGUCAAAAGAGCGUCGAGCAAACAGCUUCCUUUGUAACAAUUCCCAGGUACAUUGUUCGUUGGCUAUUCCAGAUUAAAAACCACGAUAUGCGUUUUGUUU